GUUUCAAGCAUUCGCCAUUUGUGGAAAAAAAACGCUCUCUUUUCUCUUUCUCUCUCUUUAACCCCUUUAUCUUCUCCGCUAAUUAUUUCUAAUUUCUAACCCUUUUUCCUAACUAGUCCAAAUGCAUAAUAACCCAAAAGGGUCACUUCUAUUUCAGUAGUUGAGACAAAAAAGGAACCUCUUUUAUACCUUUUUCUUCAUCAAAAUCUCAUUUUUUCAACUGGGUUUUCCUUACUUUUCUCUCUUGUUAUCAUUUUUCAUUUGGGUUUUGAAAAAUGGGUAGGGGCAAAAUCGAGAUAAAAAGAAUUGAAAAUGCUAAUAGCAGACAAGUUACAUUUUCAAAGAGAAGAAGUGGGUUGUUGAAGAAAGCUCAGGAGCUAGCUAUUCUUUGUGAUGCUGAGGUUGCUGUUAUCAUUUUUUCAAACACAGGGAAACUUUUUGAGUUUUCCAGUUCUGGUAUGAAACGAACACUCUCAAGAUACAACAAAUGCACAGAUUCUUCAGAGAGUGCAUCAGUGGAAUAUAAAACAGAGAUACUUCCGAAGGAAGAUUCUAGGAUGGUGGAGAUUCUUAAAGAUGAAAUUGCAAAGCUAGAAACAAAUCAAUUACGGCUGUUGGGAAAGGGCUUAGCUGGAUUGGGAAUAAAGGAACUGCAACAUCUAGAGCAGCAAAUUAACGAGGGACUAUCAUCCGUGAAGGAGAGGAAGGAGGAAUUACUCAUGGAACAACUGGAGCAGUCUAGAAUACAGGAGCAGAAGGCUAUGCUGGAGAAUGAAACUUUGCGAAGACAGAUUGAAGAACUUCGGUGCUUGUUUCCAAUGACAGAACAUGUUAUGCCAUCUUAUCUUCAGUUUCACCAUGUGGAAAGAAAGAACUCCUUUGUAGAUAAUGGUGUUGUUAAGUGUCCCAGCUUGACUAGAAACUGCUCCGAUGAGAAAGCUGAUUCGGACACCACAUUGCAAUUAGGGUUACCUUCUGAUGUUAAUCACAAGAAGAAGACUCCUGAGAAAAAGACCUUUUCGAAUGAUUUCAUUGAAUCAGAUUGAUUUACUCUGAUACAGCUCAGGUUUUCCGUGUUUCGACACGGAAAAGUCGAACUUGAGACUAUUGUAGUGCAGGUGUAGUUGUGCACAGUGUCAGUUUAGACCAUAGAAGAAAUGUAGGAUUGUAGGUAACAAUCAAAUUAUAAGUGUAGAAUUUGGCUCUUCUCCUUUGAGGGUUUUUGCAAGGUGCUGAUUGAUGGUUAUACCAAAUUUUGGGAUAAUGGGCUGUAAAAAUCUUGAAUUAUAAACCUUGUUUAAGUUUUUCAUGAAAAAUAUGCUUAUGCUUAUUUAUUGCA